CUAAUUCCCAUUUCUUUUAAGAAAUUUAGCCUUUUGAGAUACAAAUAUUUGUAUCUCAAUAAACCCAAAUUCAGGAAUGGAGGCGAAUACGACGGUAGCCAAAAACUGUCCGUCAGAGAUGAAAGCAACAUCAAAUGGAGUAUUUCAGGGCGACAAUCCGCUAGAUUUCGCUCUUCCUUUGGCAAUUCUUCAGAUAUGUUUGGUAGUCAUUCUUACUCGCGUUCUUGGUUUGCUUUUCCGACCACUCAGACAACCUCGUGUCGUUGCAGAGAUCGUUGGCGGAAUAUUGCUGGGACCAUCAGCGGUGGGUCGGAGCCAUGAAUUUCUACACGCAGUGUUCCCAGAGAGAAGCCUAACAAUGUUGGACACGUUGGCCAAUCUGGGUCUGCUCUUCUUCUUAUUUCUCGUUGGGCUCGAGCUGGAUCCGAAGUCCCUCCGCCAUACCGGAAAGGCCGCCAUGGGCAUCGCCGUCGCCGGAAUCACCCUCCCCUUCCUCCUCGGCAUCGGCACCUCCUAUGUCCUCCGUUCCACCAUCUCCCAAGGCGUCCAUGCCCCUCCCUUCCUUAUAUUCAUGGGCGUAGCUCUCUCCAUCACCGCCUUCCCUGUCCUGGCCCGUAUUCUGGCCGAGCUCAAGCUUUUAACCACUAACGUCGGCCGUAUGGCUAUGUCCGCCGCCGCUGUCAACGAUGUCGCCGCCUGGAUCUUCCUCGCUCUCGCCAUCGCCCUCUCCGGUACUGGCAGCUCCCCUCUCGUCUCCCUCUGGGUCUUCCUCUUUGGGUUUGCUUUUGUCCUGUUCUGCUUCUUCACUCUGCCGCCCAUUUUCCGGUGGAUGUCCAGUCGCUGCUCCGACGGCGAACCCAUCAGCGAACUCUAUAUUUGCGCUACCUUAUCCAUCGUCCUCGCCGCCGGUUUCUUCACCGAUUUAAUCGGAAUUCACGCCCUCUUUGGCGCCUUCGUUGUCGGCGUUCUUGUACCAAAAGACGGCCCACUAGCCGGCGCUCUCGUCGAGAAAGUCGAAGGUCUGGUCUCCGGUCUCUUCCUCCCUCUUUAUUUCGUUUCUAGCGGAUUGAAAACCAACAUCGCCACCAUCAAAGGCGCCCAAUCGUGGGGUCUCCUCGUUCUCGUCGUUUUCACCGCUUGUUUCGGGAAAGUCCUGGGCACCAUCGCCGUCGCACUCUUCUGCAAAAUGCCACUCCAGGAAUCAAUCGCUUUAGGAUUCUUGAUGAACACGAAAGGGCUCGUGGAAUUAAUCGUCCUCAACAUCGGGAAAGACAGAAAAGUUCUGAACGAUCAAACUUUUGCAAUUCUCGUUCUAAUGGCUAUCAUCACAACCUUCAUCACAACCCCAAUCGUGAUGGCGGUUUACAAACCGGCAAAGAGAAAAAGCAAAUCUGAAUACAUAAACAGAACAAUUGAGCGUGAGGAUCCCAAUUCAGAGCUGCGGAUUUUGGCCUGUUUUCACUCUGUUACCAACAUUCCUUCGGUUUUAAACUUGAUUGAGGCGUCUCGUGGGGCGGAAGGAAAAGAAUGGGUUGGGCGCCGGGUUUGCGUUUAUGCUAUGCAUUUGAUGGAGCUGACGGAGAGGUCGUCGGCCAUUUUUAUGGUCCACCGAGCUCGGAAGAAUCAGCUUCCGUUCUGGAAUAAAGGGGGGAAGGCUGAUUCCGAUCAAAUCGUGGUGGCUUUUGAGGAUUUUGGGCAGCUUAGUCGGGUGUCUAUACGUCCAAUGACGGCCAUAUCUCCACUAUCUAGCAUUCAUGAAGAUGUCUGCAACAGCGCCGAGCGGAAACGAGCAGCCAUUAUCAUCCUCCCAUUCCACAAACACCAAAGGUUUGAUGGAUGUUUGGAGACAACACGAGGCGAUUUCCAAUGGGUCAAUCAAAAAGUUCUCGAACAACCACCUUGCUCUGUUGGGAUCUUGGUCGACCGAGGAUUUGGAGGUGGGUCUCACAUCAGCGCUAGCAACGUCUCUUCCACCAUAACCAUCUUCUUCUUCGGCGGCCGUGACGACCGUGAAGCACUAGCCUACGGUCGGAGAAUGGCCGAACAUCCCGGAAUAACGCUAAACGUUAUCCGCUUCCUUCCAAGCCCCGACAUGGUGGUAGAAUCCAUUGUAGUUGACAUUAACAAAUACGACACAAAUGAUGUUUCAGCAGGCACAGAUGAGAGGGUACUGUCGGAGUUGAAGAUGAAGAAAACAGAGGAGAAGUCGAUUAAAUAUGAAGAGAGGGUUGUGAGCAAUAGCUGCGACGCCAUUGAUGUAAUGAGGGAGUUUGGUAGAUGCCAUUUGAUAUUGGUGGGUCGAAUGCCAGAAGGGCGAGUAGUGGAGAGCUUUCAUUUGAAGAGUGUAGAAUGUCCUGAGUUGGGGCCAAUUGGGAGCUUGUUCACAUCGCCAGAGCUCCUCACAUCAGCAUCCCUGUUGGUGAUUCAACAGUUUCGUGGUCCCUUGUCUUCUUUUUCCACAUCUGCAAUGGUUUUGCCUGAGGAGGUUAAGGAGUAAACGUGUCGAUACAUACUCGUUUUCUUCAUUGUCUCCCGUAUCGUUAUCAUUUGAAAAUGAUAUGAGGUCGACGAAUGGUUGAAAAACUAUAUAUGAAGACAAAAUUAUAGUGUGAUCGAAAGGAGUAGAUACUCUGAUCGUAUUGAAAUUUUUUAUCGUAAAUGUAUGGUAUUUGUUCAAAUUGAAAGGAGGGAGGAGGAAGUAGGGUUGCCUUCUAAUAUGCAUAGUGCUAUGAUCAUGCUUGUCCAAGGCGUGUUGUCUAUAGUCGAAUCUCAGACAUCCUGAUCAUGUUGUCCAUUGCUGCAUACCCAUUCCAAACUCCUUCUCCAUGCUUUCAUUUUAGAUAUGACUUUACUAUCUCAUGUUGUGUCAUAUAUAGAUGUACGAUUGUUCACCAAAAUUAUGUCAAUACUUGUAAGUGCUAAAAUGCCCCGUACUAUUGGGGAUAUGAUUAGU